AUGUUCGCGGGCAAGACGACGCACCUGAUGCGAUGCGUCGAGCGCGAGCGCGCGCGCGGACGGACGGUGUUCGUGAUCAAAUCCGAGCUCGACGUCGAGCGGUUCGGCGAGGACGCGCGCGACGCGCUGAUCGCGCACGACGGGAAGCGCGUGCGGUUCGACGCGAGCGACGACGGCGGAAGGGUGCGCGCGGUGCGGACGCUGGACGCGGCGGGACUGGGCGCGGACGCGGCGGCGUGCGACGCGGCGGACGUCGUCGCGGUGGACGAGGCGCAAUUCAUGGGAGACUUGGCGCCGUUCGCGCGACGGUGCGCGGAGGAGCUGGGACAGACGGUGUACGUGUGCGGGUUGGACGGGGAUUACAGGCGGGAGAGGUUCGGGGGGGUGUUGGAUUUGAUUCCGCUGUGCGACACGGUGACGCGAUUGAGAGGGACGUGCGCGGAGUGCGGAGACGAGAGUUUAUUCAGUCGACGCGUCGAGGCGAGCGAGGACGUGGUGCGCGUGGGAGGGAGGGAUAAGUACGCGCCCGUGUGUCGAGCGUGUUACGUCGCGGCGUCGACGCGGGAGAGAGGGUCGGCGUCGGCGCGGUGA